CAUCUCCACAGUAGAGCUCCACAGCGGGCGCCAAAAAUAGAGGAAAAAAAAAAGAAAAAGAAAAAGAAAAAGAAGAAGAAGAAGGAAGAGAGAAGAAGAAGAAGAGACAAACACAGAGAGACGGGGAUUAUCAGGCAGUCUUUGAAGAGCACGAGCUGGGUUUUGGGACUGGUUUUCGAGUCAAGCAUGGAGCUUCAGAAUACAGUGAAAGAAGCCCUAAACGCACUGUAUCAUCACCCUGACGAUGCCUUCCGUAUGCAGGCCGAUCGAUGGCUUCAAGACUUCCAGCGCACUCUCGAUGCCUGGCAGGUUGCUGAUAAUUUGCUUCACGAACCCACCAGCAAUUUGGAAACUUUGAUCUUUUGCUCUCAAACACUUAGAAGCAAGGUACAAAGAGAUUUUGAGGAACUGCCUUCGGAAGCAUUUAGGCCCUUACGGGACUCAUUAAAUAAUUUAUUAAGAAAAUUUCACAAGGGCCCACCUAAAGUCCGAACUCAGAUUAGCAUAGCAGUAGCUGCAUUAGCAGUACAUGUUCCUGCUGAUGAUUGGGGAGAAGGUGGUAUUGUAAAUUGGCUCAGGAAUGAGAUGAACUCACAUCCAGAGUAUGUACCCGGAUUUUUGGAGCUACUGACAGUUUUGCCUGAGGAAGUAUACAAUUACAAGAUCGCAGCCCGCCCAGAUAGACGCCGUCAAUUUGAAAAGGAACUCACAUCCCAAAUGCAAGUUACCCUUAACAUAUUGACAGCCUGUUUGAAUAUUAAUGAGCUGAAGGAGCAGGUGCUCGAGGCAUUUGCUUCUUGGCUUCGAUUAAAGCAUGGGAUCCCAGGAACUGUGCUUGCAUCACAUCCUUUAGUACUCACAGCUCUAGCGAGUUUAAACUCCGAGCUUCUCUCAGAGGCAUCUGUAAACGUUAUAUCUGAACUGAUACACUAUUCAGCAGCUGGAAACUCAAGUGGUCUCCCAGUGCACAUGCCUUUAAUUCAAGUAAUUGUCCCUCAAGUUAUGAAUUUGAAGGCACAACUUAGAGAUUCUUCAAAGGAUGAAGAAGAUGUGAAGGCCAUUGCUCGGUUAUUUGCUGACAUGGGCGAUUCAUAUGUUGAAUUGAUCGCUACUGGUUCUGAUGAAUCGAUGUUAAUAGUCCAUGCCCUACUAGAAGUUACUUCACAUCCUGAAUAUGAUAUUGCCUCCAUGACCUUUAAUUUUUGGCACAGCCUGCAAUUGAACUUGACAAAAAGGGAUGCAUAUAUUUCUUUUGGCAAUGAUGCUUCCAUUGAAGCUGAGAGGAAAAGGAGGUUACACAUUUUUCGUCCAGUUUACGAGUCACUUGUAUCCUUGGUUAGUUUCAGAGUUCAAUAUCCUAAUGACUAUCAAGACCUUUCUUAUGAGGACCUCAAGGAAUUCAAGCAGACUAGAUAUGCUGUUGCAGAUGUCUUAAUAGAUGCAGCAUUGGUUUUAGGAGGUGAUAUGACUCUGAAAAUUCUUUACGUGAGGCUUGUGGAGGCUGUUACAAGCUGUGGAAAUAGUGAACCCAGUGAAUGGCGUCCAGCAGAGGCUGCUUUGUUUUGCAUCCGAGCUAUAUCUGAUUAUGUGUCAGUUGGUGAGACCGAAAUAAUGCCACAGGUCAUGGGUUUACUUCCAAAACUUCCUCAGCAAGCUCAACUACUUCAGACAGUGUGCUACACUGUUGGAGCAUACUCGAAGUGGCUUGAUGCAUCAUCAAGUGGGCAAUCGAUACUACCUUCAGUAAUUGAUAUCCUCAUGAGUGGAAUGGGCACAUCCGAGGAUUCUGCAGCUGCUGCAGCUCUGGCAUUUAGACAUAUUUGCGCUGAUUGCCGGAGAAAGCUUUGUGGAUUUUUGGAUGGACUCUUCCAUAUAUAUAAUAUGACUGUCAAUGGAGAAAGUAGUUUGAAAGUGACUGCUGAGGAUUCGUUGCACCUAGUGGAAGCAUUAAGCAUGGUUAUCACCGAACUUGUUCCUGAUCAAGCUAAAAGAGCACUGGAGGCAUUGUGCGUACCUGUUGUCGCUCCUCUGCAGGAAAUUGUCAAUCAAGGCCCAGAGGUAUUGAAUAAAAAGCCUUCUAAUGAGUUGACAGUCCAUAUUGAUCGGUUUGCUUAUAUAUUCAGAUAUGUAAAUCACCCUGAAGCUGUUGCAGAUGCGAUACAAAGGCUUUGGCCAAUUUUUAAAGCCAUCUUCGAUAUCCGUGCUUGGGACAUGCGGACUAUGGAAUCUCUUUGCCGAGCGUGCAAAUAUGCUGUGAGAACUUCCGGUAGAUUUAUGGGAAUCACAAUUGGAGUGAUGUUGGAAGAAAUUCAAGGUCUAUAUAAGCAGCACCAUCAGCCUUGCUUUCUUUAUCUGUCGAGUGAAGUUAUAAAGAUUUUUGGUUCUGAUCCGUCUUGCGCUAGUUACCUCCAAAAUUUGAUUGAAGCAUUAUUCAUGCACACGACACGUCUUCUCACAAAUAUUCAGGAAUUUACUGCUAGACCGGACAUUGCUGAUGACUGCUUUCUUCUGGCUUCGAGAUGUAUACGCUAUUGCCCUCAAUUGUUUAUUCCAUCUUCAGUAUUUCCAGCAUUAAUAGAUUGUUCAAUGGUUGGAAUCACAGUACAGCACAGGGAAGCCUCAAAUUCAAUAUUGACUUUCUUGGCUGAUGUUUUCGAUCUUGCAAAUUCAAGCAAAAGUGAACAAUAUAUAUCUAGAAGGGAUGCAAUAGUUAUACCUCGAGGUCAAGUUAUCCUUCGAAUUUUGGUUGCAGCCUUGACGGGGGCAUUGCCAAGUUCUCGAUUAGAGCCGGUGACGUACACACUAUUAGCGUUGACUCGAGCUUAUAGAGUACAAGCGUUAGAGUGGGCCAAGGAAAGCGUUUCAUUGAUUCCAUCAACAGCUGUUACUGAAAAAGAGCGGUCGAGAUUUCUAAAAGCUUUAUCAGAUGCAGCCUCAGGAUGCGAUAUAAACACGCUUGCUAUACCAAUAGAAGAGCUCUCAGACGUAUGCCGGCGAAAUAGAAAUGUUCAGGAGAUUGUUCAAGGAGCAUUAAGGCCGCUUGAACUGAAUCUAUUGCCUGUAUCAUAGCGAGGAAAACUGGGGGGAGGGUGUUACAAAGAAGAAGAGGCCAUUUUGCAACGGUCUCGUCUUGUUUCUGCCAUAUAGUUGCCUCGAGGUGUAAUGCCGGUUGGUUUUAUUCUUUUCUUCUAUCUUCUCUUUUACCCUUCUUUUCUUUUUUCUUCAUUUGGUGUAUUAAUUACCAGUCUCCAAUUUUUAAGGAGAAUGUUCAUUUUUUAUAUCUUCUUUAAAUGAGGGGUGAGGUGUAAUGAGAAAAACUGGUGGUGGUCAUAUGUUUUUAUUGAUGAUGAGGUUUGGGAUGGUGGAGUGGUUUUUUUCUUUCAACGUUGUCUCUUUGGAUGUCAUUUUUUUGGGGGGUGUAAUUUGCUUGACACAGUUGUAAUUUAUUACAAUGAAAGAAAAGGAAACUUUGCUUCUACAUA